GAAAAGGAGGAGGAGGAGGAGGAGGAGGAGGAGGAAGAAGACGCGGCCCAGCCAGUGCGCGCAGCCGCCGGACGCCCCAGGAGGUGGCGACGGAGGAAGGGGCCGAGACAACCCAUCCAACCCCAAGCGGUCCUGCAGGCAUAUCGCUCACGUGUAAAUCUUGGCCCUCAGAAGUGGACUGGACAUCCAGUUCACAGCCACUUAUCAUUUAUAGAUAGUGAGUGAGUGAGAAACAAGCCAUGCCUGUCCUAUCAGAAGAUUCAGGUUUGCAUGAGACCCUUGCCCUCCUGACAUCGCAACUAAGACCUGAUUCAAAUCACAAGGAGGAAAUGGUGUUCCUGAGAGACAUCUUUAGCGAGAGAAGUCUCAGCUAUUUAAUGAAGAUUCAUGAAAAGUUGUGCCAUUAUGAACGGCAGAGUCCGGUGCCAGUUCUCCACAGUGCUUCAGCUCUAGCAGAAGAUGUGAUAGAGGAAUUGCAGACGGCCCCAAUGAAUAAUGACGAGAAAGAACUGUUCCAGUUGCUGUCAACUCCUCAUCUCAGGGCGAUGCUGGUUGUACAUGACACUGUUGCCCAGAAGAAUUUUGACCCAGUCCUCCCUCCUUUACCUGAAAAUUUUGAUGAUGAUUUUGAUGAAGAGUCAGUCAAAAUAGUUCGCUUGGUGAAGAAUAAAGAACCUUUGGGUGCAACAAUCAGGCGGGAUGAGCACACGGGAGCUGUGAUUGUGGCACGGAUCAUGAGGGGAGGGGCAGCUGACCGCAGUGGUCUUGUCCAUGUUGGAGAUGAGCUGCGAGAAGUCAAUGGGAUUACUGUGCUUCACAAACGGCCAGAAGAAAUUAGCCAGAUUUUGGCACAAUCCCAGGGAUCAAUAACUCUGAAAAUAAUUCCAGCCAUUAAAGAAGAAGAUCGCCUAAAGGACAGCAAGGUCUUCAUGAGAGCCCUCUUUUCCUACAACCCCAAAGAGGACAAGGCCAUCCCUUGUCAGGAGGCUGGGCUGCCAUUUCAGAAGAGGCAAAUCCUGGAAGUGGUGAGCCAGGAUGACCCAACGUGGUGGCAAGCCAAGCGCGUGGGAGACACAAACCUCAGGGCAGGGCUGAUCCCUUCUAAACAAUUUCAAGAAAGGCGCCUGAUGUAUAGAAGGACCAUUGGCAUGCUGCAUAACACCAGAAGUGUCACAAAACCUCUCUAUGAUCAAUCUUCUGAGAAAGAAGACUGUGAUUGUGAGGGAUACUUCAAUGGACAAUAUAUAGCCGGCUUGAGGCGGAGUUUUCGGCUGAGCCGAAAGGAGAAGCAGAAUGGUCAGAAUGAUGCCAAGCAAGCUGAGCAAACCCAGGCCCCAGAGUUCCUCACAUAUGAAGAAGUCAUCAAAUACCAGCAACUGCCAGGAGACAGAAAGAGGCUGGUGGUUUUAAUUGGUUCUUUGGGGUCCCGGUUAAAUGAACUCAAGCAGAAGGUGGUAGCUGAGAACCCGCAGGAGUACGGGGUCGCUGUGCCACAUACCACGAGAACCAAGAAGAGUCAUGAAAAGGAGGGUGUGGAGUACAACUUUGUGUCAAAACAAUCGUUUGAAACUGAUGUGCAGCAUAACAAGUUUGUAGAACAUGGGGAAUAUAAGGAAAAUCUCUACGGGACAAGCCUUGAGGCAAUACAGACCGUCAUGUUCAAAAACAAAAUUUGCCUUGUGGAUGUUGUGCCUGAGGCCGUGAAGCACUUGAGGACGCCGGAGUUCAAGCCCUAUGUUGUGUUUGUGAAGCCUCUUGUCUCAGAGAAGAAGAAAAAUGUGCCGACAUCUCUAUCACCGGAUGACAUAUUUGUGCCACUGGAUGAAGAGCAGCAAGAAAUGGUGAAUUCCGCUGCCUUCAUUGAAGAAGAGUACGGGCACCUGAUUGACACUAUCUUGGUGAAGGAGGAUCUCCAUAGUGCUUGCACCCAGUUGAAAUCUAUAUUGGAGAAACUAACUACAGAAUCCUUUUGGGUACCUGUCUCUUGGGUUAGGUCAUAGUUCUCUAUGCUGUGCCAAAAAUAUGUUGUAAAUAGAAUGGAUGGAUGACCAAAAGGGAAAAAUUCACACUAGCCUGGCUAGUUUCCUCAGAUAAAGAGCAAAGAGGAGCCUUCUUCAUCAAGGUAUAUAUGCUGAUGAAACCUUUUUGCUUGAGAGGAACGGACAGACACUGCAGUGGAAUGCAAAGUCCUAACAGAAUACAAUGCAGAGGCAUGUGCAUCAUCGGACAGUAAUCUUAUUUCAGAUUCCAAAUACCUGAAUGAAUACCUUUCGCAUGGUUUUGAAUGUGCAAUUUAGGCCAGACCAAGGUUUCUUCCAAGCAGAAGGUUCCCAGUGCAUUCGUUUGGGAAAGGCUGUGCAGUUAUUCUGACUUUUUCUCUAUAAUGUAUAUUUUUUCUGAUAAGAUAGGAGACAAAAGAAGUGCUGGGAAAAGUAUGAGAGAGUUACAAAAUAUGGGAAAGCAUUGACAAUGGUUAUUGUUAGUUCCACCUGGAACAGACCCAUUGAAUCAAAUGGAUCUGCCUAUGUAUUGACUCUUAUCAUUCAUAUAUUGAUUUAUGACCCAUAUUCUAGUCAGGAUGAGUAGUAUUGGGGCCAAUGUUCUCUGGACCUAGAGGUUGAAUAAAUUUCUUUUUGUUUUACUGUAUCUUUAAUCCCACAUUCUGGGAUUAGUGUUCCCCUCAAAAUAUUUCCCAAGAUAUUUAUCUCCAGAGUUCUGGAUUUAAGGCAGUGUGACUGCAAAAUUAAAAGCCUCCACCAGCAUGAGUAAUGGAGGGUAUAGUACCAUGUAUCUGGUGGGUGCCAGGUCAGAGAAGGCCUAUCUAAAUGAUGUGCUAAAUUAAUGUUAUUAUCACACUCGUGAUCUUUGUUAUUAUCAUUAUUAUAUUUAUUUAUAUCCUGCCCUUUUCCAUUCGGGACUCAGCAUUGCUUAUAAGUGCUAAAACAGAUACAGCUAAAGCAUUUACAACAUUGUAAGUAUCAGUGCCACAUUUCAACAGAACAAUACAGGCCAUGGGUGAGAUGUCAGCUAUUGUCAAAAUGGGAGUUAAUCAGGCCAAUUACAACAGAGUCAUGCUGGAGGACCUAGGAAAUGCCUAGAAUGGGCAUAAUUAGUCAGAUGGUACUGAUCCCAUAGAUAUGGGGAUUGUGCUAUAUAUCAUACAAAAGUUAAAAUAUGAUUAACAAUCGAUAAUAUUUAAGGUAAUUUAAAAAGCAAUUGAAAACAAUAACUAAAAGCAGCACAGCAUACUUAAGAUCCUUCCCCUCUGAGAAGCCAACUCUCAAAGGCUGGCUGGAGCUGAAAUCUGCCUAGGACAGGAUAGUAAGGAUGGUGUCAGUCCAAUCUCUUUUGGAAGGGAAUUCCAAAGUAAUGGAUCAAUCACUGAGAAGACUCUCCCCUGUGUUUCCAUUAGAUGUACUUGUGAGAUUGGUGGAUGAGAGCAAAGAACCUUUCCAAAAGGUCUGAAGACAUAGACAGACUUAUAUUGGGCUCAUUCGUAAAUCAUAUACUUGACAUGUUGAAAAUCUCACCUCUUUUAAAUGGCACCAAAUUCCUGAUCAGGGCUUUGAAACAUUUGUCUUGAGGGGUCUAUAACUGCCAGGUGCCCUAAAGCAUCCAUGACAUACUGGUUUGAGACGUCCUGAAGAUAUCGUAAAACAACCACUCUUACCUCUUUUUCCAAGCUCCACACCAAAUAGGUAAAUAAGGAGGUGCAUGAGGCUUCUGUGUUCUGCCUGUUUUGCUUGCGCUAGAUUUAAGCAAAGCUUUGAAAUGCUCAAAAUAUGUCAAGUCCAACUACCUACUCGGGAUCAAUUUCUUCUACUGUUAUUUGUUUAAUAUGUAAAAUAUUUGACAUAAUAGAUAGUGAAAAGGAAUUGACAAGAAAGCUUGAAAUUCAACUGUAACUGUGUCAUAUUAUCCCACAGGAUCAUAACUAUAGAAAAUAGAAAAAUUCUGUUGACAGAAGAUGUCUUGCACACCUAUGAAACACAAUGCUGAUGUCUUGCACACCUAUGAAACGGCUAAACAAUCAUAAAAGUGGACACUUAUUUUUAACUUUUUCUUCUUGCUUUGUUCUAUAUGAAUUUAUGUACAAGAGUGCAGGGAAAUACAUUGAACUGGGCACAGAGUCCAGCAUCUAGAAAUACGUAGGUCUAAAUCUAGUUGUAAAUACCAACUACAGUAAACCUGUUGAAUCAGUGGGACCUAGGGCCCACCACACAGUCAUAUAACCCAGAAUAUCAAGGCAGAUUAAUCCACAAUAUCUGCUUUGAACUGGAUUAUCAGAGUCCACACUGCCAUAUAAUCCAGUUCAAUGUGGAUUUUAUAUAGCUGUGUGGAAGGGGCCCUAGAGAAUUCUGGAUUAACCAAGUAACCAUUGAUUCAGUGGAAUCAACACUAUUGUGGACUAAAAACUAGAUUCAGAUUAGGAGUGGGAAUCAUGUGGUCCUCCAGAUGUUCUUGAACGGCAAAUCCAGUCUGUCCUAGCCAAUGGAGACACAUUUGGUACAUCCUGAAGUCAAAGUGUAUAUGGGGCAUCAUGUAAUUCUCAUUCCUGAUUUGUGCUGCACCCUCAUUUCCUUAAAAGUAAAAACAAGUUUCUAGUACAGUACUUGUGAUUAAGGAAAGAUUGGAGUUUUUCUUUCUUUCUUGGUCUUCUUGAACAAAGAAAGCUGCACUUGGCUGUUCUAAAGAGUGGGUGGAGGGUGUAACAGUCUUUCCACAAUUCUAACAUUUCAUAUUUAACCUUUCCACAAUCCCCACUCUUUGCUCUCUAAUUUCACAUCAAAAAGGACCAACAAAGAAUCUUAGAAAUAAAAUACUUUAUGCAAUAUGAAACUUUACAACCAAACAAUUAAAUUUGCAGCAUGUGGGUUUUUGGCACAGACUUUGGGGUUUGUGUGCACAGGUAUUUGUUUUUGGUUUUUUGUAUGUAGCAGGCUGUGUAUUGGGAUUGGGACGUGUUUGAGCACACUGUGUGUGUUAUUUGUGUUUUCUUUUCUUCUGGAAAAUCUAUAGCGAUUUUAUGUUCCAAUGUAAUGCCUUUGUGUUGUAAUUUUCUAUAAAAUUGAGUCCCAUUGAUGAAAACCUGAGGACAGAUCUUCCCAGGGUUUGUGCUGUAGAUGUAUCAGCCAAAGUCUUUAUCACAAACCUAUAUUUUAGAAGUGGAGUUGUCAAUGUAUUUCUUGUUCCUUUCUAUGUUUGUUGUUUGACAAAUGUAUUGGAGGAGCUCAGGUAUUUGGCGUGUUUUUCAGGACAAGGUCCAGAAAUUGGGAAAGUGAAUAUUCAUGGACCACAACUUCGAAAUCACAACCACAGCCUAUAUGGUUUUCAUAGACAGGCUGGUUGUGGAAUUCUGGGAUGAGUAGCAUAAAGCAUUUUCAUGUUAUGAGGAGAUCUGUAGUAAGUAACCAGUAUCUGCUGAUUUUUGCUCAACCUGGAUAGAGGAAGGUAGGGGGCAUUCUAGGCAGAAUGGAAAAUAAUUUUAAUGGCUUUUGAGACUCAUUGAGAGACAGAGCACAGCAUGUUUCAGAGGCUUGCGGUAUGUUUUAUAUUGCCUGAAAUCAUGCAGAUAUUUUAAAAAUGCAAAUGGCUAAACAAAAUAUGGACCAUUGAAAAAUACAUUCAAACAUGCUUCAGUAAACGGGCAAAAAGUGUGUAAAUAAACACAUGCGUUGAAGAAAAUGUGUAUGGAUUUUCAUGCAGAAAGGAAACAGUCUCACAUCCGGAUGUAAACAAAGCAUGAAAUGAUAAGAGGUAAAAGUUGGAGAAAUGCAAAGAAUAACACUAUGUAACAAAAUUUGAAAAAAAAAUAUGUUCCUAGUUUGGAAAUGUUAUUUCCUCUUUAAUUGUAUGGUACCUACUUCAAAAGUAGUUGUUAUGCUCCAGAAACUUCAUUUUUGUGACUGCCACAAACUAUGUUGAAUUGGUUGAGAUUCGAUGAGAUAUUCAUAGAAAAACUACAGUAAAAUGUGCUGUAGGAUGUCCCAUAAAAAUAAAGUUUUUGUAAUAUAUUAAA